AUGGCAGAUACCAGGUUGUGCGUUAGCGCACCAGGAAAAGUCUUGAUAGCGGGAGGGUAUUUGAUAUUAAGUAAGGAGUACAGUGGUGUAGUACUUAGUACAGAGGCUAGAUUCUACACGUAUAUAGAGAGUUGUGAUGAUGAAGAUAUAAAGGUUAUUUCCCCGCAGUUUGGCAGCGAAUGGAUCUACGAUAGCAAUAUUAAGCAAAUAAAUACUGAACAACAGAAUGACUUUGUCCAAUUAGCUUUGGAGGAAGUCAGUAAAUACAUCGAAUAUAAACAUGAUAGUUCAAUGAAAGGGCUAAGAAUCGUUAUAGCUGCUGACAACGACUUCUACUCGCAACGUGCUUACCUGAGGAGUAAGCAGCUCGAUGCGACAUAUCGCAACCUUCAAGCAGUACCUAAACUCAAUAAAGAUCUCAAAAAUAUAAAUAAAACCGGUCUUGGAAGCAGUGCUGCAUUGAUAACAUCACUCGUUGGCUCAUUGUUACUACGUUAUAAUAGUGUAUCAAAGGAGUUUACCGAUAAUGACAAACAACUUGUGCACAAUCUAGCUCAAUAUAUUCACUGCAGAGCUCAAGGUAAAGUUGGAUCGGGAUUCGAUGUAUCUGCAGCUGUUUUUGGUAGCCAUACCUACUCCAGAUUUGAUCCUGCAACUAUCAAUGACCUAAUCGAUCAGUAUACAUCCGGUGAAAUGAUUGAUAGCAUCGUCAAUAAGGGUUGGGAUAGUCUUGUUGACAAGAUUGCUUUACCUUAUGGUGUAUCCAUGCAUUUGGCUGAUAUUGAGUAUGGAUCUCAUACGCCUAGCCUUGUGAAGAAGGUGAAUGAAUGGAAGUCAAAAAAUUUGGAUCAGGCAAAUGAGCUAUAUAAAUCUUUGGAUAUCAGUAACAAGCAAUUGGCUGGACUUCUAGUUGCUUUAAAUAAAUCAUACGAAACAAACCAAGACGGCUACUUGCACGCUUUAGAUUACUUAUCCAAUUUAAUACCCAGCGAGUGGUUAAAAGAUGAAAGCAAUAGCGUCGUGAAUCAAUUUGUCGAUCUGAAAUUGACACUACAAAAUAUCCGUGCUACAUUCAGAACGCUUUCUGCGAAAGCUGACGUACCUAUCGAGCCAAUACAACAGACGAGGCUAUUGGAAGCCUGCUCGGAGAUCAAGGGUGUCAUAGGUGGAGGCGUACCAGGAGCGGGUGGAUAUGAUGCUAUAUACUUAUUAGCAAUAAGCUCAACACAAACGGCAAACGAAAUAGAGAGCAAGUGGUUGAAAUGGGACGAGUUGAGUGUCAGUCCACUAGUUUGUGGUGAAGGAUUUCAAGGUAUCAAGAAUGAGGAUGCAUUUGAUAUCAGUAGACUGCUAGGUACUUGA